CACAGAGAACAGCCCGGUCCUGUAGGUGUAGCCCGUUUACUUCUUCACGCGCGCGCCAUUCACCUCGGGCAACUUCUCUCCGCGAGCUGCCCUCCUUAAACUCCAGAUGACGUGACGUCCCGGAAUCCGGGGCUAAAGAUAAACAGCACGAGAGCGUCCGAGUGCCUCGAUACGGGACUUAAGCGCCACAUAUGAAGCAUUUCCAUGUGGAGCGACUCGGUUGAGGUUGCUCGGGGAAAGUUGGUUUGGACGCUCGCGCUUUAAUUCGACCUCCCGACAUGUUCACGCGCGGCUCCAAAAAGCGCCGCUCCAAUCGUUCGGAGGAAGAUCCUGACAGAGGGCAGCCCUGCAUGCGAUGUGGAGAGCAGUGUCCUGGUCUACGCAUGCACGGCUGGAGGAAGAUCUGUGUGCACUGUAAGUGUGUGCGUGAAGAGCAUGCGGUGCGCUCCGUGCCCGGGCAGCUGGAGAAGAUGAUGACGAAGCUGGUGUCCGACUUCCAGAGGCACUCCAUCUCGGACGACGACUCGGGAUGCGCCUCGGAGGAGUACGCCUGGGUGCCGCCUGGUCUCAAGCCCGAACAGGUAUAUCAGUACUUCAGCUGUAUUCCUGAGGACAAGGUACCUUAUGUCAACAGCCCGGGAGAAAGAUAUCGCAUUAAACAGCUCCUCCAUCAGCUCCCAGCUCAUGACAGUGAGCCACAGUACUGUAACUCUCUGGAUGAGGAGGAGAAAAAGGAGCUGCGGUUGUUCAGUCAGCAGAGGAAGAGAGAGAACCUAGGCCGUGGCAAUGUGCGCCUCUUUCCUGUCACCAUGACCGGAGCCAUCUGCCAACAGUGUGGGAGGCAGAUUUAUGGAGGUGAUAUAGCCGUGUUUGCCUCCCGUGCGGGUCAUGGCACCUGCUGGCACCCUCAGUGCUUCCAGUGUGCCACCUGCAGCGAGCUGCUAGUCGACCUCAUCUACUUCUACCAGGACGGCCAUAUCUACUGCGGACGUCACCACGCCGAGCGCAUCAAACCACGCUGCCAGGCCUGUGAUGAGAUCAUUCUGGCUGACGAGUGCACGGAAGCAGAGGGACGCCACUGGCACAUGAGGCAUUUCUGCUGCUUUGAGUGUGAGACGGCACUCGGUGGACAGCGCUACAUCAUGAGAGAGAGCCGGCCAUACUGCUGUACCUGCUACGAGUCUCUGUAUGCUGAGUACUGCGACACCUGCGGAGAGCACAUCGGUAUAGAUCAGGGGCAGAUGACGUAUGAGGGGCAGCACUGGCACGCGUCCGAGGCGUGUUUUUGCUGUGCCCGCUGUCAGCUGCCCCUGUUGGGCAGACCCUUCCUCCCCCGUGGGGGGCUCAUCUUCUGUUCCCGCUCCUGCUCUCUGGGAGAAGACCCCAAUAACUCUGACUCCUGUGACUCCGCCCUGCAGUGCAAACCAACCUCACACAAACUCGUACAUCAACAGCAGAAAGAACGCAGUUCACCUCUGCGACCACCAGCGGGCAGCAGUCUCACCACUGCAACUGCUAAACUUUCUACUGCAAGCACAUCAACCCCUUUAUCAGAAAGCAGAGGCGUGCACACUUCAUUUUUCCAUUUACAAAAUGGCGGUCCUCCACCUCCACCUUAUGGACAAACUCACCCUCAAAGCUCACAUUCUCCUACCUUAGCCAAUGGUUGGGGACCGCUUCCAAACGGAGACCAAUCAAACACAGAUGAACACUCAGAGCAGGAGUACAUGGUGGAACUGAACGGAUACGCUGAAUUCGGGCCUUUUCCACCCAGCUGUACCUCCAGAGGAACCUCGACAGCAAAGGACACUGGGAGAGUGGAGAGCAGCUCAGGAAUUCUUCCUCAGCCCCACCCAUCACCUGAGGUUGACUCCCAAGAAGAUGCAGACUUUUUCCCACCACCUCCACCUCCUGUCUUCAUCGGCCCUGAUGAUUUACCAAUCCUACCCCAGCCUGAUGAGCCCCACCCCUCCCCUCCUCCACCACAGUUUGGACGAAGCAGCACAGCCAGGGUCAGCUUCAGGGAGCCAAUCAGCUCCAGCUAUUCAGUGGAGGAGGAUGAGGAAGAGGAGGAGGAGGAGGAGGAAGUGGAGGUUGAAAUGGAGAGGAAAGAGGAAGAUGAGGUAGAGCAGGAAGAAGAGGAAGAUGAAGCUGAUGGAGGCUCAGGGCACGGACUACACCUUCGAGCUGGAAUGCCACCUCAGAUGGACCUUUUGGACGGCUCGUACCGUCGCAGUUUCCGGCAGGGGUGCACAAGCCCACCUGGCCGAAGCCGCCUGGUCUCGGACUCCCCCCUCCACCUGGGCACGGAGAAACACUUCCGUCGCUCCAGACGCGACAGACCUCGUCUAGAUUCUCUGGAGUGGAGAGGAGGAGAGAGAGAGCACACCGCACGCCCACCCUCCAUCACCUCCCCUGGGAACGGAAAUUCCCGUUUGACGCUUCACUCCACCCACUACAGACACGAAGACUCCUGUUCAACCUGCUCAUCCUCCUCCGACUCUGAAGAAGAGGGCUUCUUCCUUGGCCAGCGGAUUCCUCUACCUCCUCAGCUGACGGGGGAGAGAGAGAGGGAGGGAGAGAGAGGAGAGACAGAGGGGAAAAGCAAGAGAGGGAGUCUGAGGAGGAGGAGGAGGACACAAAGUCUCAGUGCGAAGGACAAAGACAAGGACAAAAACUGCAUAUUGUCUUGAGAGAAAGAAUGAUAGUGAAAUAUUGAGAUGUGCUGAUUCUUGCUUUCAUUCAGGAAGUGAACUGACAUGUUUCAGGCAUGUUGGACGGAUGCAGGAUGCAGUAUCAAGUCCGAUCUGUGGUCAAAGUUUAAAGUAAAUUUCCCUGAUUUUCCUGCUCUAACACGUCUGGUUAAUAUCCUAGUAAACUAGGUGUAUACCAAAAAAGGCUAGUAAUAACCUGAUUAAUCAGUUAUUUAAAUCAAGUGCAUUUAUUACAGAUGGAAACUAACACAUGCAUAAUAAAACAUAACCUUUAAGGGGUGGUUCAGCAAAAAAAUUCAAUUUACAUCACUUCCCCUGUUGUCAAGGCUUGUUUGUUGGUGCUACGCGGCAAAUGUAGCAGUAACAGUUAACAGAAAUGCAGUGGGGUCCAAACGUCUGAGACCAUAGAGAAAAUGCUUCUGUUUUGCAUUCUUUUCUAAUUUAAUGCAAAAUUAUUCAUUACUAAUGAUGAUAUCAACAUAACAACUUGAGUGAAAUGUAGAGUCGUAGAAAUAUUUACUGUACAUGAUUUUCACAGUUGAUUAGCAUUUGGUACUUCCUCUUUUUUGCUUUAAUAACAGCAUGCACUCGAACUGGCUCAGACUCCACAAGUUUGUGGAAAAACAAGAUCAAAUACAUCUGAGUGUCAUCUGAACACUUUCUUUCUUUGGAAGAGGUGAGUCUCAAGGUAAAUCUGACCUUUUGUCCAAAAAAAUUGCUUUUUAAAAUGAACAAGAAAUAGUCAAGAUUUCACAUUUCCUUACUUUGUUUGAAAAAGGUCAAAGCAUGAAUGCUUUUUAUUUGUUUCCAUAUUUAAAUGAAAAAAAAAUCCCAGAUUUUCAACCUGGUUUCAGAUUUUUGAACCUCACUGUAUACAUCCGAAUCUUUAUAUACUUGCUUGAAAAAUCAAUCCAGCUCUUUGCUUCUUCUAUCCAUUCUCUUUACUGCAGUGCAACAUGAGACUUUCAUUUUUUUUUUCUUCUUUUUUUUUCUGUAAAAUUGUGUUUGCCACACUGAUUCCUACUGCACAUGUUCAGGUAAGGUGCAUGUAUUCCAGCAGACAUUUGGAGGAGCGUAUGUGCAACACACGGAAGUGUUAACUAGAUCUUGGUCACACUGUGUCCAAGAUGGUGUCACAUUAAUGAAAAAAAAUGAGUGUAGUGUAAGAUUUUAAGUGAGCUAGACUUCCAUUACUGGUUAGUUUUAUCAGUUUUAUAGCUCCGGUCCAAAACUAAAGAAGUAAAGCUCGUGUCUUCUGCCAAAAUGGUGUGUUUGAGCAGGAAAAUCACUUGUGCAUAGCAUUACACACACUAUUAGAAACAGGCUCUGUUGUUCACAUGAGUGAAGAAAAUGCUGCGAUUCACAUGUGGGGCUGUAAUAAUUUGAACGAGGCAUAUAUUCGAGAGAAACGAAAACUAUGUAACAUCUUUCAUUGAAGCACUUUGUUAAUUUUUACGCAGAUACCUUCGGUUUUUUCUUAGAACUGUGGAAUAUGUGACAUGUUAUUUAGGAACAAGCUUCAACCACAUGCUUUGAAAUACUUCAAGGCAAGCAAAUAUGUUCACACACCUUGAAUCUCUUGCUAGUUUGUGUUCAUCUGGGUGAAAGAUCACGCUAAUCCCAACACAAUAUCACCAGAUGAGCUCAUUUAAGAGAAAGUCAUUCGGGUAAAAUGGCUUCUUUUCUUAGACAACAGAGAAGAUUGUGAUCUCGAAGGCCAGGUGCACUGGAUUUUGUUCUCCUAUGACAAACACAUAGUUCUCUAAUGCAGAGCAAAUGCACAGGGAUGCAUGGAGAGAAAAAGCUGUCAGGCUUGAAGAACGUUCUGGAAACACACUGUGUGUGUAGGAUGCCUGGGUAUUGCUCUCCAUUUAAGAUCUGCAUGUUGAUUACAUGAACAUCCAGUAAACAUGGAAAUGAUAACUCUCCUCGGAUUUGGUUCUGAGAUUGAAAAUGCACCCUGAGGCGCUGUGAAACACAAAAACAAAGUAAUCAAGAUCUUGCUGGUCGACCAAACGCUCUUAUUUCUUACAAACAACUUGAUAGUAUUCAGAAGGUGCUUUGUGGAGACAAUAACCCUGUGACUGUGCAGCUACACAAGAGCUUUCAGUGUUUCAAACAGUUCUUAAUGCUGAACUUGGACGAUGAUACAGAACGGAAACAUUUACACUUUCUGAACCUUGCAGUUCGUUCAUGCAAAUGAGGAAACCAGAAGAUGGAACAUUGAAAGACACUGUAAAUUACAAUCGUGCUCGUUAUACAUGUGCAGGUGAUGGUGCCGCUAUUACGCUCCUGUGAAUAUAGCUUUAGAUAUGUAUGUUUUUCUAACAAGACUCAUUUUUAUCAGAGAAUCCAAGUUUAUUUCAAGUAACCUUUUUGCAUAGGUGAAAAUAAACCACUUGAACAUUCA